AUGAAAAAAUUAAUCGAAAAGGAUGUUAUAAAAAUAAAUUAUCACAACUUUUUAAAUAAAUACAAAACACACACGGGGUGUGAAAGGGAUGCCACUGACAAAGAACUGUACGAACACUUCAUCGUAAAUCCGCUCACUUAUUCCAGACCGAGGGGAUGCUUGCCGAAAGGGUUCAGCCAACGGAAAGAACUCCAACACCUGGAAGGAUUAAACAUUUUUGAAAUUGUCGAUUAUGUCAAUGUGGGGGAGCGGCUGUACAAGUUUGACGAGGCCGACGGGGGGGAAGAUGGCGAAGUGGGGGAAGAUGGGGAAGUGCGGGAAGAAGGCGAAGUGCGGGAAGAAGGCGAAGUGCGGGAAGAAGACGAAGUGCAGGACUCCCCCAACGGCUCGGAGAAGGACUGUGCGGACUCGCCACAUGACGAUCCCCCUAAUAGCAGAAAGAUCAGCCGAUUUGACAAAUUGAAGAAGAAAAACGAAAAAAACGACAACGUAAAGACAACAAAUAAGAUGGACAAGAAUUACCUCCCCAACAAGGGGAAUCCCAAAAGAAGAAUUUUUCGCUUUUUACUCUUCGAUGGGAAUGAUUUUAUUUAUGCCUAUGAGAUGGAGUACAACGAGAAUUUUAACUACCUAGAAAAGUGUCUUUAUAGGUACCCCAAAAUUAUUUUGUAUAAUAAACCCGCCAUUCAACGUGGGACUUUACUGUUAAAGAAAAGUCAGGUGGCCAUCUUAUUUAAGGGGUGCAAAGAGUCCGGAACGGAUGGUGCCCCUUUGGAGGAUGACCAACUGGAAGAAGUGGCCUCCACUACAGGGAACCUCUUCCAUGGGGAGGACAACCAAAAUUGCCAAGUUACCAUAAAAAAGAGAGAAAACCCUAGUAUUAUCAAUUUAGCGGAUGGCCCAACAAAUUACGCUUAUAAGGACCAAAUUGGGAUGCGCCAAAAAAUCCAGUGCAGGGAAAACCAGGAUGGUGACUCCCCCAGGAAAUUCUACUACGUAGAAGACACGGCAAAAAAUGAUUUCCAAUUUAACAGUGCAUACGUCAAAAGGGUGAAUUAUCCCGACGUGGAGGACAGAAGUAAGUCCAACAUAUGUAACAGGAUUAAUCAACACAGCCUUGAUGCGCUUGGCAAGGAUUAUCCCCAUAGCAAAGGGGAACACUCAUGGGAAGGGCGUACUAAUGCGCACUGUGAAGAAACGGAACAUAUACACAGGGUGGGUAGCAACCCGAAUGGAUAUUACAACCGCAACGGUAAGUGGAGCCACCUUCACAAUUGGGAAAAGGUUGACGGGGAUAAUUUUAACAUGGGUGAUGGUAACCACUGGGAGAGACACCCAAGUGAACACACCACCUCCAUGCACGCAAUGCAGAGCAGGAACGGCUUCGAAAAAGAGAGAACCUACUUCUGCAAUAGGGAUAACGAUCGGCAGUACCCCACAAAGUGUAACGACAAUUAUGCGGAAAAGUUUGGUGAAGAUUAUCCACAGAUGAGUGAAUAUAACGAUAAGAAGGAGGGGCCCCUUUAUUGGCCAAAAGAAACGAAGUACAAGCGCGCCAGCAACGAACUGAAAGACACAGGUUAUCAAAGAUUAAGUGAUGCUGUAGGAGGAGACUGGAGUGGCCACCUCAAACAUGGAAGCAAUGGAAACGAAGGAGAUACUAGCCAUUUUAGCAGCCCAUAUGGCAACUUUGGGCGCAUGGCUCAUUACCCCAUGGAUACAAAUGAGUGGGAAAAGAAUAACCGUUUAACAGCGCUUGCAAAGGGGGGGAGCGAAAACUGGAUGAUGGGCAACCGGUUCACAAAAACGCAUUCGCCGAGUCGUGAAAUCCAAAUGGGUGAGGCGCUGCAAAAUGGAGGAAGCACACAUUUAGGGGCGAAAGACCCAGUGGGAAAGUACUCUGCUGGGCUGACGAGCGGCGAAAAUUUCGGCAAAACAGAUCAACGCUACAAUGUCCGCUACAAUGCCAUAAACAGAAAAAAUGACGACGAAUUGAUCGAUUUGACGGAAGGGUUUUUUCAGUCCGAUUUUUUUCACAAGACGCAAGAAUUGGACAGCGUGAAUAAAGGUAGCGAGGUGAUUAUUCUCGAUGACUGA